CUUAAAUUAAGGCUGCUAUUUUGUGCCCAAUUAUUCCUAAUGUCCAUUUUUCUUGUAGAAUACUAUGAUGUCUGUACCAGUAACCCAUGUCUUAAUGAUGGCCACUGCUCUCUGAUUGAGUACACUAAUCCCCCAUCAUGGCGUUGUGGUUGCAGAGAAGGUUUCACUGGUUCAUCCUGUGAAACAGCAACAAUCGCACAAUCAUAUUGUGCCCGUACUUCUUGCUUAAAUGGAGGAACAUGUUACCAUGAUGACACUACACUUGAAGGAGUUUACUGCCUUUGCACUGAACAAUAUCAUGGAACCUUCUGUGAGAAUGCGCACCCGUGUAACAACAUCGUCUGUCAAAAUGGUGGUGUAUGUGAUGCUGACCAUGGUGACCCAGUCUGCCUCUGCCCUACAGGGUACUGGGGAACAAACUGUGAAGCCAAUACUCCUAAUGACAUUUGCAGUUUCUUUAAUCCCUGUGUGAAUGGUGGAUCAUGCUACACUUACUUAGAUGAUGUGUACUGCAUUUGCCCAGAAGACUUUAUGGGUGACAGCUGCGAGACUUACCAACCCAAUGGGCAACCAUGCGGUUCUAAUAAUCCCUGUCAAAAUGGAGCUACGUGUGUAAUCGUCUCAAGUGAUGGGGGUGUUGACAACUUGCAUUGUCAAUGUACUUACGGAUGGACUGGACUCAACUGCAGUAUUUCCUCUACUCCCUGUGGUAUAUACACCUGUUUAAAUGGUGGGAUAUGCCGUCAAUCAUACUAUGGAGAAACCACCUGUGAUUGUGUUCCAGGAUGGACUGGUCUGGAUUGUUCACAACCUGAUGGUGACACCAGUGCUUGUGACACAAUGGACUGUAACAAUGGCCACUGUCAAGAAUUGCUUGGAUAUGCUUUUUGUAUAUGUGCCCCUGGAUGGCAAGGACUGAACUGUGAAAGAGACUAUUUGGAUCCAUGUUUAUCGUCUCCAUGCAGAAACUAUGGGUCAUGUGAUAGUGGCAGUGGUUUGUACGUCUGUUACUGUCUCUCUGGCUACUAUGGUAAUGACUGUUCCCGAGAAACGGCCUCAUCGUGUGCGAGUUACAUCUGCCAAAAUGGUGGCAACUGUACAGAGCUACUGGAUGAAGCGUACUGUAUCUGUCCUGCUGGAUGGUUUGGACUCAACUGUGAGACUGCGGAUCCUCACGAUCCCUGCUUACUGGAUAAUCCAUGUCAGAAUGGAGGGUUAUGUCAAUCAGCAUUUGGUUUAGUCUUUUGUUCCUGUUGGGGUAACUUUUUUGGUGAGCACUGUGAAAAUGAAAUUCCACCAUAUCAUGUGUGCGAAAAAUGGUAUACCAACCCUUGCGAAAAUGGGGCAACUUGUGAUCGGCUUGAUGAUGGUGGUUACUUAUGCAUUUGCAGCCCAGAUUGGUUUGGCAUUAACUGUACACAAACCCUUUCCCCCUGUGGAUCAGCACCAUGUUUAAACGGUGGUCAAUGCUUCUGGAGACACACCGAUGUCUACGAGUGUCAAUGCCCAUAUGGUUAUUUUGGAGAUCUGUGUGAAAAUACAAUCGACGCUUGUGACAGUGAACCUUGUCAGAAUGGGGGGAUCUGCUUUUCAUCCCUUAAUUCUUCAUUUGUUUGUAUUUGUGUAACUGACUGGAGUGGCUUCACUUGUGAAAGUGCAAGUGGUGAUACAUGUGCUUCAGCGGGUGUUACUUGUUACAACGGAGGUACAUGUGUUUCCUAUUAUGGUUUGUCCUGUGUAUGUGCUGAUGGCUGGUCAGGACCUCAGUGUGAAACAUCGGUUGAGACAGCUUCGUGUGAUUCUUGGCCCUGUUAUAAUGGCGGAACGUGUUUUAUUACCUUUGGUAAAGCCUACUGCGAGUGUUGGUUUCUUGACUACACUGGAGAGCAUUGUGAAACGGAAAUAUCGUACCCGUGUGAUGACAUACAGUGUUUGAAUGGAGGCUAUUGUGAUGACUUUUAUGAGUCCCCAAUUUGCGAUUGUCCUUACAAUUGGACUGGACAGAGAUGUGAAACAGAACUUACUGAUCCAUGUGAUAGUUUUGAUUGCCUCCCCAAUGGAUAUUGUUACUCCUACUAUUCUGAUAGUGCAUAUUGUUACUGUGAUUAUGGAUGGACUGGAACUCACUGUGAAACAGAAGUAAGCAGUCCUUGUGAUGAACUCGAUUGUCAGCAUGGGGGUUAUUGUUUGGGUGAUUACUACUUCUAUGGUAGCUAUGGUGAGGCAUUCUGUACUUGUUUGCCUGGCUUCACUGGUGUCGUAUGCGAAACAGCACUAGAGGACACAUGUGCUUCAAACCCCUGCAUGAAUGGCGGUUCUUGCUAUGACUAUGGGUUCGGGUAUCCUCUCUGCAUUUGCGAUUCAGACUGGUCUGGGCUGUUUUGUGAAGAUCAAAAUGAAUGUGGUUCAUCCCCAUGUCUUAAUGGCGGGUAUUGUUACCCAGAUUAUAGCGGGGCGGCUGAAUGUGUUUGUCAACCAGCUUUUGUUGGACUCAGAUGCGAAACAACCAUUGAAUGCUCUGGUGUUACAUGUUUGAAUGGUGGAACAUGCUUAUCUGAUGGAAGUGGUGGGGCAAGAUGUAUCUGCCGAAGUGACUUCAUUGGUAUAAACUGUGAGACAUCGAAUCUCUGUCAGUCAAAUCCAUGUCUUAAUGGAGGUGUAUGUCAAUCUGACCAGGCGUCAUUCAGAUGCAGUUGCUUGGCCAAUUAUUUUGGCCCAACAUGUGAAACACUGACUGGCUGUAUGUCAAACCCGUGUCUCAAUAGGGGGCGAUGUUCCCCAAAUAGUAUUACUGGAGCUGCUGAAUGUACGUGCCUAUCAGAUUUUGUCGGCGUCAGAUGUGAAACUCACAUUGAUUGCUCUGGUGUAACGUGUCUGAAUGGUGGAACAUGCCAAGCCUUUGGAGGUGGCAGGACAACAUGUACCUGCCCCAAGGAAUUCACUGGUAGAAACUGUGAAACAGCGAACCUCUGUCUGACGAACCCAUGUCUUAAUGGAGGUGCAUGUCAGCUUGAGUCUGCAGUAGUUAAAUGCACCUGCCUGCCCAAUUAUAUUGGCCAAACAUGUGAAACACAUGUCAGUUGUGCUGAUGUAGCUUGCCUAAACGGUGGUACCUGUUAUCCAGUAGGGGGUGGCAAAACAAAAUGCAACUGCAGAACAGGUUUCACUGGUGAUAACUGCAAGGAAGGAAGUGAUGUCGAUGGACCUGGUACAAGAGGUGCUCAAUCCACAGGACUGGUUGUUGGAUUACCACUUGGACUUAUUCUUCUCGUUGUAAUUAUUCUGAUCGUGGUUGUCAUCAUGUUCAAGGUCAUGCAAAAACGAAGACCACGAACCCAACCUGGGCCGCAAGACGGUGGUGUGCCCACUCCUGAUCACAUCUACAACUCUCGCUUCUCCAAUGCUGGUCUAGCGUACAACGCUAAUAACGGCACUGUUCAAGGAGUGCCAACUGGGGGUGCAGAGGGGGGCUCUGUCAAAACUGACAACCCCUAUGCCGUUCCCAAUGAUGUGGCAUUCAGCCAGCUGCAAAGCAAGGAAGACAAAGGCGGGUAUGACAACCCAUCUUACAUGGGUGCAAACCAACCACCUGCUUACUCCACUCGCCCACUUUCUACAUCAUCUGAUGUGUUUCCGCAGCCAGAUACUAAAUCACUCCUGAAGUGAAUUCUGUUCAUUAAAUGAUUGCAGAGUUUGAAGUUAUGCAACUGAAGAUGAAGAUAUUGAUGUGAUUAUUUGAGAUGAUAAUUCGUUAUUUCGGUAUAACAGUUUCGAAUAGCUUUUGCUUUUAAAUUAGUUUAAUUUUGAGUUCUUAUCAGCUAUACCUAUAGUUCUUAAAAGAUGCUGUUUUAAAAUUCUGCAUUAUUUAAAUGUUAUGGGUUUUACUCGUCCGAAAGAUUUUAAAGCCAUUGGACCCUUUCGGUACAGAAAAAAA